UGUUUUCAGUUAUUUUUUAAAUUAAUCUUCAAGAAAUUCUUUUUUAAUUCAAUGCCAACUUCAAACGAGGCUGAGGAGCCUGGGGAGACAACAGCUAUAAUUUCUACUCAACAAUUCCAGCCCCCACAAAUUUUGCGUCUUAUUUCUAAUUCUGAAAAUGCUUCAUUCCAUCCAAGACGACGUCGAAUUAAUAGAAGAUCUAGCAGUAGGAUGAAUUCCCGUGAAAGAUUGUUGGCUGUGAAAGGGCGUAGUUUAUAUUCUAAGGCUGAAAGUCAGCAGGCAAGCAUGGCGAAUGCAGGUCUGACGGUUUCUUUAUUCCUUUUGGCUGCGAUUUGUGGUGCACAUUUACUUCGGACAUCAACAACUGACCUCACAGAUGUAUUUAAAAAAUCUUAUUUCUCUUCUGAUAUUCAAAUAUUUAUCAAAUCUCUUUAUUCAAAUAUUCACCAUCAUCAACCAUUCACUUCUCAUCAACUCUAUAAUUUUGAUAUUCAAACAAAAAUUUCGCAAAAUAUAAAUGAGAGGUUUCAAAGAUUUGUGGAGCGGUUGGAGGAGUAUGUUCCUUCUUCGAUUACCUCAGCUUCACUAAAUGACUGGAUGCUUUUUGGACAUUUUGGUGAAAGGCAAGAAUUACAGGUUAAUGUUUUGCUGGCUGAAAGACGUCGUAGAACGGUCCAACGGCAACGAAGUCCAACACCGAUUCCUCAAUCAAUUUCUUCACCUCGAUUUAUUAAUCGACAGCGUAAUACUUCUUCAGCUCCACCAGAUUCUCUUAGAAGUUGGGCCCAUUUGUCUACAUCCCCAACAUCGAUACAACCAUCUACUUCUGAUUUUGGGACAAAUUCUAAUCAAAGUAAUGAACCAACACUUAUGGAUUAUGAUGCUAUUGAUUCUUAUUGGAGAUGGGAUAUUGAGCAAGAAAAGGGAGGAUUAUCGCCCUAUCAAAGAUUAAAUGAUUUUGGACAUCAAUUAGAUGAAGAUUAUUAUUAUUUAAAUAAUGAAAGAAAUUUUCAAGAGACAGAUAUUCUUUUUGAGCGUGAUAUUCAAUUGCUUACAGAGAAGGGUUUGCUGCCAGACCAGACUAAUUUUCUUCAAGACAAUUUAAAUGACAAUGAGGUUAAUCUUUUGGCUAAUUUCUCUAGAACUCUCAGUUUUGAUGGAAUUAUUGAAAAUCAAAAUGAAAAUACAAAAUGGAAUGAUUUAUUACAAUUACCUACAAGUUCUCUUUUUGUGUCUUCUGGACAAGGCAAAUAUUUUAAUUUUUACAGAAAAACAUCAAUUAUUUCUCAUUCUUCUUCAUAUAAUUUUCAGAUUGACGAAUCAGAACUGCCCAAUAUUCCAAUUCAUUCUCCUCUUCAAACAGAAAAUAAUCCAAAUUUAAAUCAAAAGGAUUCUGUUCCAAAUCAAAGAGAAUUAGGCUGUUCUUCUCGAGAAUCUAUUUCAGCAUUAUCGGAUAUUAGACAACCUAUUUUAUUUAAUGAUGUUUCACUGGCCCGUUGUUCUUCCUCAUCGGCUUCAAUUGGGGAGAAUAGCGAUAAUGAAGAAAUGUUGAUGGAACGACAACAAAUGCUUGAAGAGCAAUCUUUGCAACAUUCUAUUACCAAUCAACAACAAUCUAUUCCAUUAACAGAUAAUUUUUCUGAAAAAGGAUUAACCGAAAAAAAUCAAAAAACUGAAAAAGACGAGGAAGCAAAGGACGAAGCUGAAACAGAAAUGCUUUUAUCAGCACUCUUUCCUCAAUUAUUUUCCCCUCUUCCAAUUAAUGAUCCAAGGUCGUCCUCACAACAAAAUUCUCCAUUAUUUUCCGAUGGAAGUUUAGUUAACAAUAGUGAAGUUGAAGGUGAUUAUUUUUUAUCUUGUGAUUAUUUUGUGAUUAUUUGGUAA